AUGGUUUUGAAUGGGGUAAAAUCAUUAAAUGACAUUGCAUUCACACUCACAAUAAUAAUAUACCGAAAUCUAGAGCCAAGGAGUCCGGGACUUUUCCACUCACAUAUAUUGUUUUUUAAAUAUUUUUUUAGAUUAAAAAUGGACUCUGCGGGCAGCAAAGAAAAACAGCUACCAAAUCCACGAGCCACAGCAAAUAUCUUCGAAAUUCUUACAUUCAGCUGGAUAUUAAACCUCUUCAAAGCUGGACAAAAGAGAGAUUUGGAGAGCAAUGAUUUAUACGAUGCACUUAACAAUGACAAGUCAUCGCUAUUAGGAUUAGAAAUUGAAAAGAGAUGGAAAAUCGAGAUCACUGAUGCAAAAAAAACAAAUAGGGAACCAAGUUUAUCGAGAGUUUUAAUUAGAAUGUUUGGUGGAAGUUUCUUGUACUAUGGGAUGAUACAAAUGUUCAUUGAAACCAUGUUAAGAAUGACUCAACCUUUACUCAUUGGUGGACUGUUAGCGUAUUUCAACCACGGUGGAUCCAACACCAUAGACUCUAAACAUGCAUACAUGUAUGCAUCCGGUCUGUUGUUAAACAUGUUAGCUAACAUAGUGUUGUAUCAUUGGUCACAAUUGGAAAUGGUACACAUUGGAAUGAAGAUCCGUGUUGCUUGCUGUUCAAUAAUAUAUAAAAAGGCAUUAACAUUAAGUAAAACUUCUCUCUGUGAAACCACAGUCGGUCAAGUAGUAAAUUUGAUAUCAAAUGACGUAAACCGAUUCGAUAUGACAUUAAGAUUCAUACAAUUUUUAUGGAUCGGACCUCUGCAAACUAUUUUGGUCACAUAUUUUUUGUGGCAAGAAAUUGGCGUAUCGUCAAUAGUUGGAGUAACUGUAUUUCUCGCUUUUGUUCCAUUACAAGGAUGGUUGGGGAAGAUGACAUCUGACUAUCGAUCAAAAACCGCACCAAGGACUGACGAAAGAGUAAGACUUAUGAACGAAAUAAUAUCAGGCAUACAAGUGAUUAAGAUGUACACAUGGGAGAAACCUUUCGCAUUGCUUGUACAAUAUGCAAGGAAAAUGGAAAUCGAACAGAUCAGAGGGACAUCGUGGAUUAGAGUUUUUUUGCAGUCCUUCAGAAUAUUUCAUUUUAGAUUUGCGUUGUUCAUAAGUAUCUUUUCAUAUGUAUUAUUAGGAAAUUACAUUAAUACGCAACAAGUUUUCGUUAUAAUAUCGUACUACAAUAUAUUAUUGACAACAAUGACAGUAUUUUUCCCUCAAGGUGUUAUAACACUAGCUGAGAUGCUGAUAUCCAUUAAACGCAUUCAGUCAUUUUUACUACAAGAUGAAAAGGACAAGCAUAAUAUUCAACUGUUAUGGAAAUCAGAAAUAACAUCGACAAAUGGCGUAGAAAUGUCAAACACUAAUAGUCAAAAUUGUAUAGAAAAUACAACUGAAAAUGAAGAAGGUAUCGACAAAUUGGAAAAUUUUGGAAUCGACAUUUUAAACGCCUCGGCCAAAUGGAUAGUUAAUCAACCAGAUAACUCUUUAAAUAAUAUUAAUUUAACCGUUAGACCUGGGAGGUUGGUUGCAAUCAUUGGGCCCGUAGGAGGCGGAAAAAGUUCAUUGAUUCAUGCGAUUUUACGAGAAUUGCCACUUUGCGAAGGAAGUAUUUCGGUGCGUGGCACAUUAUCAUACGCAUCUCAAGAACCUUGGUUGUUUAACGGUUCAGUUCAACAAAAUAUACUUUUUGGUUCGCCAAUGGAUCAUGAUCGUUACGAAGAAGUUAUAAAAGUAUGCGCAUUGAAAACCGAUUUUAAACAACUUCCUUAUGGUGACAGAUCUUUAGUAGGAGAAAGAGGAGUGUCUCUUAGUGGUGGUCAACGAGCGAGAGUAAAUCUAGCAAGAGCUGUAUAUAAACAAGCCGAUAUUUAUUUAUUGGACGACCCUUUGUCAGCUGUUGACACACACGUUGGAAAACAUUUAUUUGAAAAAUGUAUUAAUGGUUACCUCAAAGAGAAAACUUGUAUACUUAUUACUCACCAAAUACAAUACUUGUCAAGUGUUGAUCAAAUUAUUUUGAUGGAAAACGGAAAUAUAUUAGCCGAGGGUUCUUAUCAGGGACUUCAAUCUUCUGGCUUAGAUUUUACAAAAUUACUUAAGUCAUCGGAGGAAACAACCACUGAUAGUGAAAUGAAUAUAAAAAAUACAAUUAAUAACAGUUUAGAACAACUCUCCGAUGUAUCUCUACAAGGGUCUAUUAUAAGUGUUGCGUCGUCUGUUGACGAGAACAAAUUAAACAAAGCUCAAAAACAACCCACCGUAGUGGCUGAAACAAGAUCUUCCGGAAACGUUUCACGCAGUGUUUAUUUGUCUUAUAUUUCUGCUGGAGGAAAUAUUUUUAAAACAUCAUUUCUAUUAUUCGUGUGCAUUUUUACACAAGUUCUUGGUACUGGUGGAGAUUAUUGGAUAAGUUAUUGGGUUUAUCUGGAAGAUCACGUUUUUCCUAACGCAGAGAGUAAAUCUACAUAUAUCAGCAACUUUAUAACUCACUUAAUAUCCGAUACACCUUGGAUAAUAUCUCGACAGUUUUGUGUUAUGAUGUACUCUAUUUUAAAUUUAACUUUGCUAGUAGUUAUUUUCAUAAGAUGUGCCAUGUUUGUAUCAGUCCUAAUGGGCUCCUCUAUGAAUCUACAUAACAAUAUGUUUAACGCUAUCACAAGAGCCACAAUGUAUUUCUUCAAUACAAAUUCAUCGGGUCGAAUUCUUAACCGCUUUACUAAAGACAUUGGUGGUAUUGAUGAAAUAUUACCAAUGCCAUUAUUGGAUUUUGUUCACAUAGCAUUGCAACUUAUAGGAACUCUUGUUGUGGUUGGUAUAAUUAACAUUUAUCUUCUCAUACCGACUUUCAUCGUAGGUUUGAUGUGUUAUUAUACUGUUCAUUUUUAUUUAUCGACAUCACGUAGUAUCAAACGUUUGGAAGGUGUUACCCGAAGUCCUGUCUAUGGAUAUUUGAAUGAGUCGCUUCAAGGAUUAUCUACUAUCCGAGCGUUUAAAGCCGAGGAUAUUUUAUGCAAAGAAUUUGAUGAACAUCAAGAUUUACAUUCUUCGACUUGGUAUUUAUUUAUUUCAUCAAGUGAAGCAUUUGGAUUUUCGUUGGAUAUGAUCUGUUUCAUUUAUAUAUGUAUAUUAACUUUAAGUUUCUUAAUCUUAAACAAUGAAAAUUUUGGGGGAGAUGUUGGAUUGGUUUUAACUCAAGCAAUUAGUUUGACGGGCGCUCUCCAGUGGGGAAUAAGACAAUUAGCAGAAUUAGAUAAUCAAAUGACGUCUGUCGAGAGAGUACUUGAGUAUACAAAUGUCCCGCAAGAAGCUCCUCUCGAAUCUUCUCCGGAUAAAAAACCACCAAAAGAAUGGCCAGAUAAAGGUCAAAUCGUGUUUGAGAAUUUUUAUCUACGUUAUAGUUUAGACGCGGACCAUGUUUUAAAAAAUCUCAAUAUUGAAAUUCAGCCAAUGGAAAAAAUAGGAAUUGUUGGACGAACUGGUGCAGGUAAAUCGUCAUUGAUAGGAGCGUUAUUUAGACUUUUUCUCAAUGAGGGAAAUAUCACCAUCGACGGUAUAGAAAUACAUGAAUUAGGAUUACACGAUUUACGUUCCAAAAUUUCAAUAAUACCUCAAGAACCAGUUUUGUUUUCGGGAUCAAUGCGAAAAAACCUAGAUCCUUUAGACGAAUACCCAGAUCAUGCGCUUUGGAAUGCUUUAGAAGAAGUGGAACUUAAAACCGUCGUAGAGGAUUUGCCCGACGGUCUAAACUCAAAAAUGUCCGAAGGCGGGUCUAAUUUCAGUGUUGGUCAAAGGCAAUUAGUUUGUUUGGCUAGAGCUAUACUACGUAGUAAUAAACUCCUCGUGCUGGAUGAAGCCACUGCCAAUGUCGAUUCACAGACCGAUGCGUUGAUUCAAAAUACGAUAAGAAAUAAAUUUCGGUCGUGUACAGUGUUAACGAUCGCCCACCGUUUGAUCACUGUUAUGGAUUCUGACAAGGUGCUUGUUAUGGACGCUGGAACAAUGGUUGAAUUCGACCACCCUUAUAACUUAUUGAACAAUAAAGAUGGGUUUUUGUACAAAAUGGUAGAACAAACUGGAAACGAAACGUCUGAUUUGUUACACAGUAUAGCAGCUGAGAGCUAUACGACCACAAAGAAUCAACAGUAA